AAAAUAUUUUGUAGAAACUGAUCGAAUUUUAUUUUAGUAUUUAGUGUUCUGUUUUCUGUUUACGAUAGGAAUUAAUGUAAUUUAAUAUAAAAUAUGACUGAAGAAAACAUAACAGUAAGUGAUAACUCUGAUUCUGAUGACGCUGGAACACCUGAACUUCGAGGGUAUCUGAGUAAAUGGACAAAUUACAUACACGGUUGGCAAGACAGAUUUAUUGUGCUGAAGGAUUCGACUUUGUCCUAUUACAAGAGCGAAUUGGAGAGCAAUCUUGGCUGCCGAGGUGCCUUAUGUCUCAAAAAAGCCAAAGUCAAGCCGCAUGAAUUUGACGAUUGUCGCUUCGAUGUUUCGGUUAAUGACUGUGUAUGGUAUCUGAGAGCAUCAAAUCCAGAGGAGAAACAGCAAUGGAUAGAUGUAUUGGAAUCAUUUAAAGUGGAAUCAGGGUACGGCACAAGCUCAGAUAGUAGCUCUAAUGGAGGCGGUCUUAGAAGACAUGGCUCAGCCACAUCUCUGCAGUCAACAGGCAGUCAUGGUCGGGCUACUCGCCAUCUCUCAGACAAGAUAUCAGAGUUGGAGACAUACAAUGAGCUAUUGUCAAAGCAGGCUGUGCAGUUACAGCAAUACUUUGACAAGUGUGUUGCUUCAUACCCUCAAAUUACCGACGAGGCCAGUGAGGCUAUAGAUGCAGUAAAAGUUGCUGAGGGUAAGUCGGAUGGUGAUGACUUAUUACUUUACGUGGGUGAAGUCCGUGCGACGAGCGCCUCGUUCCGAGCGACUUGCGCAGCCACACUCGCUACGUUGCAGUAUUGCGCUGAGCUACUGCGCAGGCGCGAGAAGCAAGCGAGGCAGGCGGAGGAGUUAUAUAUGGCCUUGAAGAAUCAGCUGACUGAAGCAAGAUUAGCCUCAAAACCGGGACCUGAUCACGAGGAGGGGCCUCACUCGACGCUGCCAGACGACGAGUUUUACGAUGCCGUGGAGACUGGGUUCGACAAAAUGGAGGAGGAGAGGUGCGCGCGAGUGGUGCCGCCUAGCGUGCACACGCGGGACGAGGUCGAGCUGCCGCCGCCCGCUAUCGACAACCGGCUGACGGUGCACCCACUAUGGCCAGAGAUUGACCGGAUAUCAACAGAGCAGAUACAGGCUGCAUUCGAGGGAGUUGGUGGAGAAAUCGGAUGGCAGUUGUUUGCUGAGGAGGGCGACAUGAGGAUGUACAGAAGAGAGAUGGAGGUGGACGGCAUGGUUAUGGAUCCCCUAAAGGCGAUGCAUAAAGUGCGUGGUGUGUCGGCCCGUGAAAUGUGCCACUAUUUCUUCAACCCACGCUACAGAUACGAGUGGGAGACGACGUUGGAAACGAUGACCAUAGUGGAAGAAAUAUCUUCAGACGCGAUGGUGUUCCACCAAACUUUCAAGCGGAUCUGGCCGGCGUCGCAACGGGAUGCUCUAUUCUGGUCUCACGUGAGAGCCGAUCGAGACACCUACGCGGUCACCAAUCACUCCACUACCAACGUGGACUAUCCGGCCAAUACGGGCGCAUGCAUCCGCCUAUUCGUGACGGUGUGCCUGGCGUGCCGCAGCUCGUACCCCGCCGGCGAGCGGCCCACGCGGGAAAACGUCACCACCAGCAUCGCGUACUGCAGCACCGUGAAUCCCGGCGGAUGGGCACCGGCCGGUGUACUGCGAGCAGUGUACAAACGCGAAUACCCAAAGUUCCUCAAGCGGUUCACUAGCUACGUGCAAGAGCAAUGUCGCGGGAAACCACUAGCUAUAUAGCGCACCCACAAUUCACCGUGCUGAGCUCCAAAACAAGAUAGUAUCAGCGCCUGUCAUUAACUACGAGUAAGUACUUUCAUUACUCCUAAGAGUGGAUUUUGAGACACGGCCUUUUCAGUUACCCUUGGCGCAAUUUAUCCUCUUGUCUGAGAGGCUUGUCACGUGAACGAAAAUACCUUUUAUGAUGACUUUUUUGUGACUAAUUGGCCAGAGUAAUAUUUUACGUUUUCUUAUUACUUUAAAAGAGUUUUAAAAUAAAUUGAGCCAAGGCAACGGAAUAAAACGAGUCUUAACAUUCACACCUAAAAUAGUAAGUUUGAAUCGUACGAUUGUGACACUUGUCAUUCAUACUAUACAGGGUGUGCAUAGUCGAAAGUUUCCGAUUUUAAGUAAAAGGCCC